AAGAGAGAGAGAAAGAGGCAAGGGAAGGGAAGAGAGAGAAAAAGGAGGGAACAGUUAAUGGCGGAGCAGUAUAAGGAAUCGCGUCUCUCUAGAAAUCUGCCAUAAGCUGUAAAAACAGUUGAAAGAAAGAAAGAAAAAAAGCAGAGAAAGAAAGAAGAAGAUAGUGUUGAUGUUGUUGUUAGUGAAGAGGAAGAAGAAGAAGAGAGAUUAAAAAAAAAAAAAAAUCUGUAAAUGAGAGCUAGAAAAGGAACCUUCUCUGUACUUCUCCUUUUAAUUCUCAUUCUCCCCAGUCUUUAAUCUUUUUUUCUCUCUAUUUUACUUUCCCUUUUCUUCUUCUUCAAUUUCACUCUUUAUUGAUCCUUAAAAGCUGUGAUCGAGUCAAAGGUCUUAGUUUGUUUUUUGGUGGGUUGUUGUCUUGUUGAUAUUGGAUCUGUUUCUUGGUCCAAGAUUGAAAUCUUGAGGGGUUCUUGAUUUUGAUAUAUCUAUAUCUGAAAUUGAUGUAGAACUUUGGUUUUAUUUAGAAAAAAAAUAUAAAAAAAGAAUCUGUUUCACAUCCAAAUCUACCCACCAUUUUUGUUGUGGGAGGUUUUUUAAAAACUUCAUAUUCAUACUAAAAAAAAAUCAAAGUUAAUUUUUUUCUUAAUCUUCCAUUCAAAAAUCUGAGGGGAGAGAAUAGAGAAUAGAGAGUUUUUAUUUUCUUCUUCUUCUUAUAAUUAGGAGUAUUUUGAUAGUUUAUGGGAAUACCUGAUGCUUCACUGCUAGAUCUACUCAAGUCUUGGAUAACUUCAGAUUCAAACCAAUCUCCUUUGUGCUACUUUGAAACAACCAUGCCUAUCCUUUCCAAAACCUGCAAUGACUGUGGAACCAACCUCCACUGUGGCUACUGCUGCCUUGCCUGUGGCCAUUCCUGGUGCAAGAGCUGCUACUCUGAAUCUGACUCAGAGGAGAGACCAGAAGAUCUCAAGAAGCUGUGCAGAGAAUGUGAUGGUGAGGUUCUUGAGCUGAGAGGGAAGAGCUAUGAUAAGGUUCAUCCUGGUGAUAGCCCUGAAAGUGAGAACUCUAGCCUUGAAAUCAGAGAUUGCAGGAACAUCGCCUCUAUUCGUUGCUAUCCUAGCAGGGGAGAGGAGGAAGAAGAAGGUAGAAACUGUGGUAAAAGCCCUUUGAGUGAAUACUAUCAAGACAGUUCAGAUGUAGAGUCUGCUAGUGUUAGUGCUAGUAGACAUGAGCAUUUUAGUUGUAAGUCUUCUGCUGGGUCCAGUCCUCACGACAGUCCAUUAAGGAACAAUUUUAGUCCUCUUGGGCGCUUUGUACAGCACGCCAAAGACCUCAGUCCUACUAAGCCAGAUCAGAGCCAGGAGGAGGAUACGUUGCAAGAACCGUUGGAUUUUGAGAACAACGGACGCAUCUGGUAUCCUCCCCCUCCUGAAGACGAGAAUGAUGAAGCUGAGAGUAACUACUUCGCAUAUGAUGAAGACGACGAUGACGAUGAUGUUGGGGAGACUGCUACCGAGUUUUCAUUGAGUAGUAGCUUUGCUAGCCACGCCCCUAAACUAGGAGACAACAGUAAUGAGCCUCUUCGGACAGUGGUGCAUGACCAUUUCCGAGCUCUAGUUGCAGAGCUAUUACGCGGAGAGGAGCUUACUCCUUGUGAUGACGAGGGCAGUACUGGUGACUGGCUGGAUAUCGUCACUGCUUUAGCGUGGCAGGCCGCCACUUUCGUAAAGCCGGAUACUCGUGCAGGUGGCAGUAUGGAUCCUGGGAGCUAUGUUAAAAUCAAAUGCCUAGCAUCAGGAAAUCAAACCGAGAGCAUCCUCAUCAGAGGGAUAGUGUGCAGCAAGAACAUAACGCACAAGCGAAUGACGUCUCAAUACAAACAUCCAAGGCUUCUGCUAUUAGCUGGGUCUCUAGAGUAUCAACGAGUUGAAGGACAGUUAGCGUCAUUUAACACGUUGCUCCAACAGGAAAACGAUCAUCUCAAGGCGAUUAUAGCGAAAAUAGACUCCCUUCAUCCCAAUGUUCUCUUGGUAGAGAAAAGCGUAUCUUCGUAUGCUCAGCAGUACCUUCUAGAGAAGGAUAUUUCGUUGGUGCUCAAUGUGAAAAGGUCGUUGCUGGAUCAAAUAGCCCGUUGCACCGGUGCUGUUGUUUGCCCUUCUGUAGAUAGGAUCUCUACAGCUCAGUUGGGGCACUGUGAGGUGUUUAGGACUGAGAAAGUGCUGGAGCAACAUGAAGCUGGGAGAAAACCUUCUAGGACAUUGAUGUACUUUGAAGGUUGUCCUAAGCGUCUAGGUUGCACGGUUGUGCUUAAGGGUAGUUGUCGUGAAGAGCUAAAGAAGGUGAAGCAUGUUAUUCAAUAUGUUGUGUUUGCAGCUUACCACUUAUCAUUGGAGACAUCGUUCCUUGCGGAUGAAGGUGCUUCUCUUCCUAAGAUUAGACUGAAGCAGCAACCAGGGAUGGUGCGGUCGGCUUCAGGUAGGAGAAUGAUUGAUGAUAGCAUCUCCUUAGUAACUCAUUCUCCUGCAGAGAAAGAUCUUCAAGCUUUGAUUGAUACAGCUGGACAGGAGGAAGAUGAAAACACAACACUGGUGCCAGAGAAUGAGGACUUUGAUCCCAGUCUAUUAUUCUCAUCUUUGAAAUCUUGUGAAGCUGACACUGAGCAAUGUGAUGCCCUGAAUGGAGAUUUACCUGACAGUUUGGUAAUAAGAUCAUAUUCCUCAACUGAUUUGCAUGGAGAAGUCACUCAACAGUUGAGAGGUGAAGAGGAGAAUCUUGAUGAAGAUGACAUGUCCAGUGAAUAUUUCUCUGCAGCAGACUCUCACCAGAGCAUACUAGUCUCGUUUUCAAGCCGUUGCGUUCUGAAAGGAUCAGUAUGUGAACGGUCAAGACUCUUGCGGAUCAAGUUCUACGGAUCCUUUGAUAAACCUCUCGGAAAAUACUUGAAAGAUGAUCUCUUCGAUCAGACAUCAAGCUGUAGAACGUGCAAGGAGCUGGUUGACGCACAUGUCCUCUGCUACUCUCACCAGAAUGGGAAUCUUACUAUAAACGUUAGACGUCACUCGUCCAAGAAGCUUCCUGGUGAACAAGAUGGGAAGAUAUGGAUGUGGCAUCGGUGCUUAAGAUGUGCACAUGUAGAUGGAGUCCCGCCUGCUACUCGUAGAGUAGUUAUGUCUGAUGCUGCAUGGGGACUCUCCUUUGGGAAGUUUCUUGAACUUAGCUUUUCGAAUCAUGCUACUGCUAAUCGUGUUGCAUCAUGUGGUCAUUCACUUCAGAGAGACUGCCUUCGUUUCUAUGGAUUCGGAAACAUGGUUGCUUUCUUUAGAUACUCUCCUAUCAAUAUACUUACUGUCUUCCUUCCCCCAUCAAUGCUUGAAUUCAACAGCCAUCCUCAACCGGAGUGGAUACGCACAGAAGCAGCAGAGCUUAUGGGUAAGAUGCGGACUAUGUAUGAAGAGGUAUCUGUUAUGAUCAAACGCAUGGAAGAGAGAAGCAGUUUACUUGCACCUGAACAGCCUGGAGCCUCUGAACUUCAGAGUCGCAUCAUGGGAUUAAAAGAUCAACUCGUAAAAGAAAAAGAUGAAUACGAUGACGCCCUGCAACCCAUUUUUGAAGAAAGUCUUCAAAAUCAAGGGAGUUUGGAUAUUUUAGAGCUGAAUAGACUGAGACGUGCGCUCAUGAUUGGUUCUCACGCUUGGGACCAUCAGCUUUACUUGCUAAACUCUCAACUCAAAAAAGCUAGUGAUGGCCAAAGACUAGAGAUGCAGGAGCCUCCAAAGCCUGACCAGGAAGGUGCGGAUGAAGUGGAAGGGAGAGCUCACUCUGAUGGAGAAGCUAACGGUGAUGAUAACAAACUCUCUCCUGGCUCUUCUCUCUCAGAGAGGAUAGAUUCAGCGUGGCUAGGCUCGUUUCAGACGGAUUCUUCAGCUGUUAGUUCUCCACUCCGGAGGCUGGCAAAGCCAAUAAGAGUCCAGUCAUUCGACUCAGCGAUACGGUUUCAAGAAAGAAUCCGAAAGGGUUUGCCGCCAUCUUCUUUGUAUCUCUCAGGCAUCAGAUCUUUCCACGCGUCCGGCGAGUACAGGAACAUGGUGAGGGACCCUGUCUCCAACGUGAUGAGGACUUACUCACAGAUGUUACCUCUAGAAGUGCAGAAGCUGGAUCUCAUCGUUGGCUCAGCUCCUACGUACAUCUCCUCAGCGUCUCAGAUGGCUGAUGGGGCUCGGAUGUUGAUUCCUCAGCGUGGCCUCAACGACAUUGUGGUUCCUGUGUAUGAUGAUGAUCCCGCGAGUGUUGUGUCAUAUGCUCUCAACUCCAAGGAGUAUAAAGAGUGGGUUGUUAACAGAGGCAUUGCUAAUAGUAGUAGUAGUAGUAACAAAGAGUCUGAGCCUUCUACGUUCUCCACGUGGCGUUCUCUAGGGUCGAUGGAUGUUGAUUACAUUCAUCAUGCUGUGUAUGGAUCUUCUCAAGAUGAUAAGAAGUCUCCUCAUUUGACUAUUUCCUUCAGCGACCGCUCUUCCUCUAACUCAAAUGAAGGGAUGGUGAAGUUCUCUGUGACGUGUUAUUUCGCGACGCAGUUCGACGCUCUGAGAAAGACGUGCUGUCCGACGGAGGUGGACUUUGUGAGGUCGUUGAGCCGGUGUCAGAGAUGGUGUGCCCAGGGAGGGAAAAGCAAUGUUUACUUCGCCAAGUCAUUGGACGAGAGGUUUAUUAUAAAACAAGUCGUCAAAACGGAGCUUGAUUCUUUUGAGGAUUUUGCAACUGAAUACUUCAAGUAUAUGAAGGAGUCUCUCAGUUCAGGGAGCCCCACUUGUCUAGCUAAGAUCCUCGGUAUCUAUCAGGUCUCUAUUAAACACUCAAAAGGUGGAAAAGAAACGAAAAUGGAUCUUAUGGUGAUGGAGAAUCUCUUCUACAACAGGAGAAUAUCAAGAAUCUAUGAUCUCAAGGGAUCUGCACGGUCACGGUACAAUCCAAACACAUCUGGAGUUUUGCUUGACAUGAAUCUUCUUGAGGCACUACGGACAGAACCAAUAUUCUUGGGAAGCAAGGCAAAGAGAAGCUUGGAGAGAGCUAUAUGGAACGACACAAGCUUCUUAGCUACUGUGGAUGUAAUGGACUAUUCAUUGCUGGUUGGGUUCGACGAAGACCGUAAGGAGCUGGUUCUUGGAAUCAUAGACUUCAUGAGACAGUACACAUGGGACAAGCACCUUGAGACUUGGGUGAAAGCUUCAGGGAUUCUGGGUGGACCCAAAAACGCUGCUCCAACCAUAAUCUCACCAAAACAGUACAAGAAGAGGUUUCGAAAGGCCAUGACCACUUAUUUUCUAACGGUUCCUGAGCCAUGGAACUCCUGAUUGAGUAAAAGAAAGAACACUAUUUUUCAUCAUUCUUUUGUUUUACUGAUCUUGAUUUUUUCUUUUACAGUAAUAAAAAAAAAGAAAUUGGUUUAAGUAGACGGAACAUAUAUACAUGUUGGGACCUGACUUGAUUGAAUUUAUCCUUUUUUUGUUUGUUUGUUUGUUUGUUUGGUGUCUGUUGGUUUCUCUGAGUCUGGAGAAUUGUAUAUUGUAAUUAUUGGCUAAACUUAUGCCCCUCAGAUUGAAAAAAAAAUACUAAUGAUUUUCCUUUUUCUUAUUGAUC